GUCGUUGGAAAUGAAUUUCUACCCCAAGUGUCAUAGUUCUGUGUCGUGGCCUUUAACUAUCCCUAGUGGAAAGGCCAUUUUAUUGAAAAGCUUAGAUUUUAAUGGCUUAAAGAAAAGACUUGCAACCGUUAGUACAAGGCAUAGCUUCGUCUCGAACGCAGUGAAAGGUACUUGUGAGUUAGAACUCAAGGAUCCACAGCUGUUAAGAAACAAGUGUUACAUUGGUGGCGAAUUUAUACCUGCUCUGAAGGAAGAUGGACAAGGAUGGUUUGACGUCCUGAACCCAGCUACAGGAGCUUUGAUAACAAAGGUUGCUGAUGGUGGUAAGUUUACCACUCAGCGGGCCAUAGAGAGUGCCUUGGAAGCUUUCGAGUCAUGGAAGAAACUUACCUCUAUGGAGCGUUCCUCACUAUUGAGGAAAUGGUUUGACCUUAUUCUCAAAAAUGCGGAAGAUCUGGGAAAGAUAAUGACUACAGAACAAGGUAAACCUCUUUCGGAGGCUAUCGGGGAAGUCAAAUACGGUGCUUCUUUUGUGGAAUUUUUUGCAGAAGAGGCAAAACGUUUGUAUGGUGAUAUCAUUCCGGCUGGUGUUCAAACGAGAGCUUUGGUAUUUCCACAGCCUGUAGGCGUCUGUGGUUUGAUAACACCCUGGAAUUUCCCUUGUGCUAUGUUGACUCGCAAGGCCGCACCAGCGCUGGCUGCUGGUUGUACUGUAGUUUGUAAGCCUUCAGAAAUGACACCAUUAUCGGCUUUAGCCUUGUGUGAACUUGCUGCUCGUGCAGGUAUCCCUAAAGGAGUAUUGAACGUAGUGACUGGCUUCCAUGCUAAACCGAUUGGCGAAGAGUUGACAAGUAAUUCUCUUGUAAGAAAGAUAAGCUUUACUGGUUCUACUGCUGUUGGAAAGAGGCUGAUGUCAGAGAGUGCAUCUACGGUGAAGAAAGUCAGCAUGGAAUUGGGUGGUUUGGCACCUUUCAUUGUUAUGGAAGAUGCAAACCUGGACUCUGCAGUUUACGGGCUGAUUGCUUGCAAGUUUAGAAACAAUGGUCAGACAUGUGUCUGUGCUAAUCGUGUUUAUGUCCAUUCUAGCAUAUAUGAUGAAUUUACCCACAAAGUUGUUGAGAAAGUAAAGACCCUGCGGGUUGGGAAUGGAAUGGAACCCGGGGUGAAUUUAGGACCUUUGAUUAAUGAGAAAGCAGUGGAAAAGGUGGAUAGACAUGUGAAAGACGCCUCAUCAAAGGGUGCUAAGAUUAUUAUUGGGGGCUCUCGACAUUCACUUGGUGGUCUCUUUUAUCAGCCAACUGUGAUAACAAACAUGGAUGAUUCCAUGACUAUGUCCUGUGAAGAAACUUUUGGACCUGUAGUUGGUUUAUUCAAGUUUCAUACGGAAGAGGAGGUUUUGAAAAGAGCAAACAGUACCAACUUUGGUUUGGCAUCUUAUUUGUACACCAGCGAUUUAGCUCGAGCCUGGAGAAUGGCAGAGUCAUUGGAAAGUGGUAUGGUUGGUUUGAAUGAACCAAUGAUAAGUACAUCUACUGUUCCAUUCGGUGGAGUGAAAGAAAGCGGCGU